CGAGAAUCCGUCGCGUUUCUGGGGAGACGCCUCAGCCGGCAGUUAACUACCGUGCUCUGAACUCGGGUGUCGGCCGCUUCCAUCACCCGCGUCACCAUGGGGGCCGUGCUGGGCGUCUUCUCCCUCGCCAGCUGGGUCCCGUGCCUUUGUGGCGGAGCGUCGUGUUUGCUGUGCAGUUGCUGUCCCAGCAGUAAGAAUUCCACCUUGACUCGCCUCAUCUACGCUUUCAUCCUCUUCCUGGGCACCGUUGUCUGUUUUAUCAUGUUUCAUGAGGGGAUGGAGACUCAGCUGAAAAAGAUACCUGGAUUCUGUGAUGAAGGACUUAGUACCAGGAUUACUGAUAUUAUGGAUAAAGAUUGUGAUGUGCUGGUUCGUUAUAAAGCUGUGUAUCGAAUCAACUUUGCCUUGGCCGUCUUCUUCUUUGCCUUUUCUCUGCUCAUGUUAAAUGUGAAAACGAGUAAAGAUCCCAGAGCAGCCAUACACAAUGGAUUUUGGUUCUUCAAAAUUGCUGCCAUUGUUGGUAUCAUGGUUGGAUCUUUCUAUAUUCCUGGAGGCCACUUCAACACAGCCUGGUUUGUUGUUGGCAUGAUAGGGGCUUUCUUCUUCAUCCUCAUCCAGCUGGUGCUGUUGGUAGACUUUGCUCACUCUUGGAAUGAAUCAUGGGUAAAUCGAAUGGAAGAAGGGAAUCCAAGAUGCUGGUAUGCCGCUUUACUGUCUAUCACAAGCUUGUUUUAUAUCCUGUCAAUCAUCUUUGCCGGGUUGCUGUACAAAUACUACACCAAACCAGAUGGCUGCACAGAAAACAAGUUCUUCAUCAGUUUUAAUCUGAUCCUUUGCGUGGUGAUUUCUGUUUUGUCAAUCCAUCCAAAAAUUCAGGAACACCAGCCUCGUUCUGGCCUCCUGCAGUCUUCUCUCAUCACCCUCUACACCAUGUACCUCACGUGGUCAGCCAUGUCCAAUGAACCUGAUCGUUCCUGCAACCCUGGCCUGUUGAGCAUCAUCACGCACAUGGCCUCAUCCACCUUGGCCCCUGCGAAUACAACUGCUCCAGCCCCUACCCCUGCUGUGCCGUCAGAGAGCGGGCCUUCUCUGAAUAAGGAGAAUUUCACUGGGCUGUUAGUCUUUGUUCUCUCCCUUUCCUAUUCUAGCAUCCGCAAUUCCAGCAAUAGCCAAGUAAGUAAGCUGACGCUGUCAGGAAGUGACAGCGUGAUCCUCCGUGAUACGGCUGCCAAUGGCGCCAGCGAUGAGGAAGACGGACGGCCUCGGCGGGCAGUGGACAACGAGCGAGAGGGGGUGCAGUACAGCUACUCCGUGUUCCACCUCAUGCUCUGCUCGGCCUCCCUGUACAUCAUGAUGACCUUGACCAACUGGUACAGCCCUGAUGCAAACUUCCAGAGCAUGACUAGCAAGUGGCCAGCUGUGUGGGUCAAGAUCAGUUCCAGCUGGUUCUGCCUCCUCCUCUACGUCUGGACCCUUGUGGCUCCGCUUGUCCUCACCAAUCGAGACUUCAGCUGAAGCUGAGUGCCAAGGACACCACUGAAAUUCAUAAAGGUCUCCAUUGCUGAAAGCUCCCUUACUGUUUACUUUCGCUUCAACUAAUAUAUUAAGCAAAUGCUUUGCAAAUAAGACUAUAUCCAGGUUUAUAUCGGAGGGCAAGAUGGAAUAAUGCUUGAUGCAGGAUCAGAACCUUUCAUUUAUAUCUCUAUUAUGUUUAUUUGUAAGGAUAGAGAGCAAAAGGAACAGAUUGUGUUUUAAAGUGAACUACAGCUGUGCUGUGAAGAGAGUUCUUUAUUAAGACUUGUAGGUUCCUACAACUUUGAUUUAAAAUGUAAGACAAAAAUGUUGGAUAUUUGAGGUUGUCGUUAAUAUAUUUCUAUUGCAGUAUCUUUAAAGAACAAAAUAAUUAUAAUAAUGCAUUUAUAUUGACAGUUUUCUUCUGUGAAAGUCUUUACUGUGUGAUACAGGCCCUCUGUUCAGUCCUUAAACUCAGUGCUUGGGGAAAGGAGUCUGUGUGCAGGUCUUGCCCCAGAAGAGGGGUUGUUGGUAUGGCUGCUGCUUCUAUGUCUUGAGGUUUUUUUAUUUCCUUUUUAUUUUUUAUACUACAGCAUUGAUGCUGCUUGAUUCAAGCCUGUGGCUUUGCUAGAAAUGUUAAUUUCAAUAAACGCUUUGUAUGUUUGGUUAAGCUGAAGAUUCACUUGAAAAACUGGUGCAGCUUUAGUCUAUGUCAUUAUCUUGUUACAAGUAUGUAAAACUAUCAAUGCAUGUGAAUAUAUUUGCACUAUAAAGGUAUUUGAUUAAAAUAGAAAGACUUAGACUUUUUAAGGUCCUUUCUUUAACAGCUUUGAUGAGUUAGCAGCAUUUUAGGUUUUUCAUUUUUUUAGACUUUUUUGGGCAGUAAGAUUUAUAAAGCAUCUUCCAGAAUGCUCUCCUGUUCCUUCUAAAAUUUAAGGUCUGACCAGUGAGUAAAGUCUUGAACUCAUUCAGAAAUUCUACUAAAUGUCUUUCCUGGGCAAGACUUGGGUAGAUGAGAGAUAAGGCUUGCGUUCUCUGGAAGCUUCUUUGGGAGAGGUGGCACAGAGGGAAGUAGGAUAGAGCAGUCUGCGUGCUCGGCGACGGUGUACUGCAUGUUCUGUACCGGCCCCGUCAGGCCUGGGAUACAGCCGCAAACGUGACAGGCACCAGCUCUGCCGGCCUGGACUUAGAGUUUCAAAGAGGGUGUUGCAAUUAGUGCUGUGAUUCAGGAAUUGCGGAGAACUCACAGGAGAGGUGCCGGGUGGGGAGUGUCAUGGUAGGCUUCCUGAGACAAGUGAUGUCUAAGCCAAGAAACGUUAGGAGUUCACGAAUGAGAGGAAUAGGGGAGUGGAGUGGCACCGCUGAAGGAUAGACUGCAUGUGAAGGGUAGGGAGAUUUAAAAAACAGAUACAUUGUGUUCAGUGGAGCUUUAAUGGGGAGAAGUGGUCUGGGACCAGGCCACGAAGAGCUUUGUAAACCACACUGAAGAGUUUGGACCUUGUGCAGGGGCAGCAGGGAACAUAGAGUGCCGUGGGCAGAUGGUCUCGUCAGUCACUGCGGCUGAUGUACAGAGAUGGGAUCUAGAGAAGGAGACCGGGGCAGUCCUUAUGAGAUCUGAAGCAGAGAAGGCAAGUGAGAAUAGAAAUUGACAGCUGAGAGUUCCUCAGUAAUUAAACGUUUUAACUUGGCAGUUGAUUAGCUGUGGGAGAGAGGUUGAUUCCUGAGUGAUGCUAGUUUAGCCACCUGAAAUCUCAGGUGGUUCUGUUUAUAUGGUGAGAAAAACCAGAAGUGGAGGAACAACCUGCGCUAGAAGAAAGAUGGAGGUGGGCUCUGAAGAUGGCUGUUUGGUUUGGAAGCAUGGUUUAUUUUCUGUCAGGCUGGUCAGUAAAUAUUUACUGAGUACAUACUAUGCUUUACAACCUUAGGCAAAUGACAAGCCAUCUGAGCCUCAGUGUUUCCUUUGUUUGAAAGCUUAUCUUGGUACAGAAGAGCAUUUAGAGAGUAAAAUUACUUUGCAAAGUGCUUAACCAUUGUAAGCACGCUGGUGGUAGCUGCUCAUCGCCACAUGGGCUAAAAUGAGACUGGUCAAUAGUCAGAGGUCAGAGAUAUUCAGCCGUAAUCUAAUGGAGGUGAGAUUUGAGGGUUCUUACAGAAUUAGACAGGGCCUAGAGGGGACAGUCUCAGCUGAGCUGUAGGUGCGGGGUCAGGAAGCAGGGCUUGAUAGGAACUGUUGGAAUUGCUACCAUUUAAACCAGUACUUUAUGCCCUGGCUCAGAGAGAAAAUUGCCAGGGAUGUGGGGGACAGUUAGGGAAGGUAUAGCCCCUUACUCUGCUGGUGUAAAGCAAGUCACCCCAUUUUCCUUAAAGAAGGGCCAGCCAGAUUAAGACCUUUAAAGGUCCUGAACUUUAAAAACAUCACCGUGUACCACCCCUCCCCCACCUUACGUCACUUAAAAGCAAUACUAAACUGUAAAAUAAGUGUAACAGAGUCCAAUAAAGUUUUUAUUUUUUUCUCGUGAUGAUAACUUCAAUAUUAAUUUGAAAUAACAAAUUCGCUUUUAAAACCGAAGGGGCAGUGUCCCUACUUUGCUUGGUUAUAAAAUCAAGUUAAAACUGGCCUGUUGCUGGGACAGCCAGUAGUGUACUCAGGUUCAGCUCAGUUCAGUCGUUCAGUUGUGUCCGACUCUUUGCAACCCCAUGAACUGCAGCACGCCAGGCCUCCCUGUCCAUCACCAACUCCUGGAGUUCACCCAGACCUGUGUCCAUCGAGUCAGUGAUGCCAUCCAGCCAUCUCAUCCUCUGUCGUCCCCUUCUCCUGCCCACAAUCCCUCCCAGCAUCGGGUCUUUUCCAGUGAGUCAGGUCUUCAUAUCAAGUGGUCAGAGUGUUGGAGUUUCAGCUUCAACAUCAGUCCUUCCAAUGGACACCCAGGACUGAUCUCCUUUAAGAUGGACUGGUUGGAUCUCCUUGCAAUCCAAGGAACUCUCAACAGUCUUCUCCAACACCACAGUUCAAAAGCACCAAUUCUUCAGCACUCAGCUUUCUUUAUAGUCCAACUCUCACAUCCAUACAUGACCACUGGAAAAACCAUAGCCUUGACUAGAUGGACCUUUGUUGGCAAAGUAAUGUCUCUGCUUUUUAAUAUGCUGUCUAGGCUGGUGUACUCAAGACUCAAGUGAAUUAUACAUGUUGAGUGCUGAAUCAUACACAUGCAUUUAAAAAAAUCAGUAUUUUAGGUAAGGUCAGGAUUCCUCUGUAAAGCAAGAGGGUAUUUUGAAUCCUAAGACCUAUGGUGUCAUCCCAUUUUAGAAGAGUCCCCUGGUGUCUCAUCGCCAUGAAGCAGGCCUGU